AUGCCUCACCCCAAAACUCAAAAACGCAUGCGUUCCAGCCUCCAGCACAAAAUGGAACGGCUAGAGAGAGAGCUACAAGAGCACUUCUGUGGUCGAUCGCGUCGCCUAGCGAUUCAGAAGGACAACACACGCCAGACACGCAUCCGAGAACAAAUACCACGCCCAGAGGGUCGUGCAGAUCGUCUUCAAGGUGGAUUCUCCCUGACCGAGGUGAUGGGGAUUACGAAGGAUGAGAUGAAUCUUGUACGAGAAUCUGUUCGAUCCUCUUUGCACGCAAAUCUCAGGGGAUCAUUCAAGAAUGGUACAGUGAAGUACAACUCCAUUGACCUUGAAGUGCUUGGGUUGAUCAGAAAUGACAUCGUCAAAGAACAUCCAUGGAUUAAAUCAAACUAUGAAGGGACCUGGCCUAUUCAGGCACUAAUCAAAACAGCGAUAGAGAACCGCAAGAGAGUCAUUCGACGAAAUGGGCGGAAAAAAGGCAAUACAAUUCCUCUGCCUGCCGAUAACCUCUGA